GGAUCAUCUGGCGGGCAUUGGGUAUCAUUUUAUUCAUCUGACAUCUUCUGUAAUUUAAGAAGAAGAAAUGUUGGGUGAUUUCAUUACUAGAGGACUUGUAAUGGUUUUGGGGUAUGCAUAUCCUGCAUUUGAGUGUUUCAAAACUGUGGAGAAGAAUAAAGUAGAAAUUGAAGAACUUCGUUUUUGGUGUCAGUACUGGAUAUUAGUGGCAGCACUAACAGUGUUUGAGAGAAUUGGGGAUAUAUUCUUAUCAUGGUUACCCAUGUAUGGAGAGAUGAAAUUGGGACUCUUUAUCUACUUAUGGUAUCCAAAAACUAAGGGAACAAGUUAUGUUUAUGGCACAUUUUUUAGGCCAUACAUAGCAAGUCAUGAAGAAGAUAUAGACCGGAAAUUGCAGGAACUAAGGGCAAGAAUAUGGGAUAUAAUCCUUAACUACUGGCAAAGUUGUGCUAUUAUGGGUCAAACUUCCUUCUUCCAAAUUCUUAAUUAUAUGGCUUCUCAAUCUGCUAAAGUCACAACACAAAAACAACAGCAUCCUAACAAGGAAGACCAUAAAAAGGUUGGAGAAUUAGUAGAGGAGACUCCUACUGUUGUUGUAUCGCCCACUACUUUCGAAAACGGAGGAAUGAAGCACAGGCAAUUUUCCGAUAAGCGGAGGCCGCCAAUCUCUACUAACGGAGAUAAUGAACUGGCUGCUGCUGCUGGAGUAGAGGAAGGAGAUUCAGGACUUCUUAACGCCAGAAGCCGCUUGAGACGUUCCAAGGGAAUUCAGACAUCAUGAAAUCAAUUUUUAUACA